CUGUGGGGUUUGCUACGCCAGUCGUCUUGAACCACGGGGAAGUGAGUUAAGAUGCAGGGUUUUUAAAACUCUCUGAAGUUUUUAUUUACCCAGUGCUCUGGUGCCACAUCUGCUUUAAAAGAUUAUAAGUAAAUACUCUGCUUUUAGCAAGUAAACCGAACCUAUCAAACCUGUUUAGAAAAUGGCCAGGCUUGCAGUGCGGAAAGCUGUUGGAACGAGGGAGCAAAGGUAAAGAAUGAUGUAAUGCACUGGCUGCCCCAAAGCAUCUUUUGUUGUGGCAUGGUUAUUCCAGUCAUCUCUUUAUGAAUCAAAUGUGAGGAGCUGCUUUGUGGAAGGAGUCCUUUGCAAGAGCACAUCAACCGGGAAAGAGAAAGAGACAUUCACUUGGAGAGCUCUUGCUGAAAAUGGGUUUAACUCUCCGUUUGCCAGUCGGCACCAGCCUGACCUCAUACAUUUUUAGUACAAUGGAGUGGCUGAGCCUUUGAGCGCACCACCAUUACAUCAUCGUGGCAAAUUAAAGGAGGAGGUGGAAAAGAGGACUUAUUGUUGUCAUGGCCCAUGAGAUGAUUGGAACUCAAAUCGUUACUGAGAGGUUGGUGGCUCUGCUGGAGAGCGGGACGGAAAAAGUGCUGCUAAUUGAUAGCCGGCCAUUUGUGGAGUACAAUACAUCCCACAUUUUGGAAGCCAUUAAUAUUAACUGCUCCAAGCUUAUGAAGCGAAGGUUGCAACAGGACAAAGUGUUAAUUACAGAACUCAUCCAGCAUUCAGCGAAACACAAGGUUGACAUUGAUUGCAGUCAAAAGGUUGUGGUUUAUGACCAGAGCUCCCACGAUGUCGCCUCUCUGUCUUCAGACUGUUUUCUCACUGUCCUUCUGGGUAAACUGGAGAAGAGCUUCAGUUCUGUUCACCUGCUUGCAGGUGGGUUUGCUGAGUUCUCUCGUUGUUUCCCUGGCCUCUGUGAAGGAAAAUCUGCUCUAGUCCCUACCUGCAUCUCUCAGCCUUGCUUACCUGUCGCCAACAUUGGGCCAACCCGAAUCCUUCCCAAUCUUUAUCUGGGCUGCCAGCGAGAUGUCCUCAACAAGGAGCUGAUGCAGCAGAAUGGGAUCGGUUAUGUGCUGAAUGCCAGCAAUACCUGUCCAAAGCCUGACUUUAUCCCAGAGUCUCAUUUCCUGAGGGUGCCUGUGAAUGAUAGCUUCUGUGAGAAAAUUUUUCCCUGGUUGGACAAAUCAGUAGAUUUCAUUGAGAAAGCAAAAGCCUCCAAUGGGUGUGUCCUAGUGCACUGCCUAGCGGGGAUCUCACGCUCCGCCACCAUUGCCAUCGCCUACAUAAUGAAGAGGAUGGACAUGUCGUUAGAUGAAGCCUACAGAUUUGUAAAAGAAAAAAGACCUACCAUAUCUCCGAACUUCAAUUUUCUGGGCCAACUCCUAGACUACGAGAGGAAGAUUAGGAACCAGACUGGCGCGUCAGGGCCAAAGAGCAAACUCAAGCUGCUGCACCUGGAGAAGCCAAAUGAACCUGUCCCUACAGCCUCAGAGGGUGGACAGAAAAGCGAGACACCCCUCAGUCCACCCUGCACCAACUCUGCUACCUCAGAGGCAGCAGGGCCGAGGCCUGUGCACACUGCUGGUGUGCCCAGCAUCCAGCCACCCCUGCUGGAGGACAGUCCCCUGGUACAGGCACUCGGCGGGCUCCACCUGUCCUCAGACAAGCUGGAAGACAGCAAUAAGCUCAAGCGUUCCUUCUCCCUGGACAUCAAAUCAGUCUCAUAUUCCGCCAGCGUGGCGGCAUCCUUACACGGUUUCUCCUCAUCAGAAGAUGCUUUGGAAUUCUACAAACCUUCCACCACGCUGGAUGGGGCCAGCAAGCCCUGCCAGUUCUCCCCAGUUCAGGAAGUAUCAGAGCAGACUCCAGAAACCAGCCCAGAUACGGAGGAAGCCAACAUGCCCCCGAAGCCCCAGCCUAGCCGGCCUCCUGAGGGCCAGAGCAAGCGCUUACACUCAGUAAGAACCAGCAACAGUGGGGCCACCCAGCGGGCCCUCCCAGCACCACUGCAUCGGAGCGGGAGUGUGGAGGACAAUUACCACCCUGGCUUCCUCUUUGGCCUUUCCACCAGCCAGCAACACCUCACGAAGUCCGCUGCUGGGCUGGGCCUCAAGGGCUGGCACUCGGAUAUCUUGGCUCCCCAGACCUCCACCCCUUCCUUGACCAAUAGUUGGUAUUUUGCCACGGAGUCCUCUCACUUCUACUCUGCCUCAGCCAUCUAUGGCGGCAACGCCAGUUACCCUGCGUACAGCUGUAGCCAGCUGCCCACGUGCAGUGACCAAGUCUACUCUGUGCGCAGGCGGCAGAAGCCCAGUGACAGGGCAGACUCGCGGCGGAGCUGGCACGAAGAGAGCCCCUUUGAAAAGCAGUUUAAGCGCAGGAGCUGCCAGAUGGAAUUUGGAGAGAGCAUCAUGUCAGAGAACAGGUCACGGGAAGAGCUGGGCAAAGUGGGCAGUCAGUCUAGUUUUUCAGGCAGCAUGGAGGUCAUUGAGGUCUCCUGAGAAGAUGACGUCAUGACUUCCAUUGACAAUUGUCUUCUCGUUCAUAAAAAUAUUCCCUGUAAAUCUGAAAUAUAUAUAUGUACAUACAUAUAUAUUUUUGGAAAAUGGAGCUAUGGUGUAAAAGCAAAAGAUGGAUCAACACAGUCAUUCUUUCUCAAUGUCUGCAUUUGAGAGAUCAGCUAGUAUUUCUCUCAACACAAGUGGAAGGGCAGAUGCUAGAAUUUUAUUUGGUGAAUUACACAUCCUCUUGUUCUUACAAAAGCAAAUUUGUUAGUAGAGGACAGGAACCCCUAUGGUUCCCAUGUGCCACAAAGAGAUGUCAAGAACUAGUCUCUGUCUAGCCCCUUCCUGGAGCACCUUAGCGCCGAGACUGAGCCAGCUUGCGGGUCAGGUGAGGGGACCCUCUUAGGGACAGAACCUAAUGGUAAAUCCAAGAGAAAUGAUCAGAUCCAAAGUGGAGUCACGAAUCCAAGGUCACCUGGCAGCCACGUGACGCGAGCAUCAUUCUGCUGGACGCACCAUUGGGGGCCUUGCCAAGAUCUGCUUUAGAACCCAGUACCUCAGACAGGGAGUCGGGGCUCUCACCACUGCUGCGUCUGGUCGCCCGUUUUCUAGGCAUCGUGAAUAGGCAGGGAGCUAGGCCAACUUUUCAGACCGAUUUAGACUGUGUGUGCACAGAAUUCCCGUUGGACCUGCAUGGGGAGGGGUCGCUUUUCUUCUCAGCUCUGUGGAGAGAGGUGGGGGGAACCCGUCUAGGAUCCCACUUGCAAGCGGGGGGAUCUGGCAGCGUCAUGAUUCAAGCUAAGGUUGGGAGGCUAAACGAGUCUGCCUCCCUCUUCCCAAAUCAAAGAAUUGUUUAAAAUGGGAUGGUUAGUCCUUUAAAUAAAGAUGAACUCGGUUUAAAGCCAAAUGUGAAAUGAUCCGGGUCGGUGGCAGAACAGCAGCGCCUGCGAGGGCUCAGCCCGAGGAGAUCUGUUUCCUCGCGUGGACGCGGCAUAGACGAUGUAGCCACCAGGCCGGCUCUUACAGAAGACUGCCUUGCGCAUGUGCACAAGGCGGGUGGGGGGUACUGGAAGAGGAAGGAAAGUAAAAUUGCUUAGGAGAAGCAGGACACUUACUUCCUUGGUAGCUUUCCCCCCUCUUGGCCUGCCAUAAAGUGGUAUUUCCAUAAUUUCCCCAGGCUUUCAGAUUUACCAGUAGGACUGAGAGAGGCUUUAGCAAGCAAGGGAGAGUCACAGACAGAAUAGGGAGGUGCCGAGGAGGUGGCUGAAUCUCACUUCGCUGUGUGUUCUGGACAGCCACAGCCAGCCUUUCUGGAGAACUGUCCCAGCUCGCUUCUUGUAGAAGCACAGCAGACGGCGCAAGGCCACGGUGGUGUCUCCAUCCUCGGCCUGCGAUCACUGUGCGGGCUCUGUCCUGGCAGCUGAAACAGGAGGUCGUCAGAGCGAGUGAAGAGGCGACAGUACAUCUCUGCUUUGAAACUUCCUGGCUUACGUUUAUCCGCGACGGUGUGGUCCUCUUUUAAAGCCUUAACUCAGUCAGCAGCUCUCUCGGGGUGGGGUGGUGGGCGUUGUCGUCGUCCUUUCCUUUACUGUAAGCGUCGUUUGUUGCUGACUCUCAUAUCUCAGGUUUUUCUGUUGGAGAAAUGGACAGUCCUUCGGCUAGGGUGUGACCUAACGUUUCCUGUGGUGACUGCUAAAACCAGCUCAGAGUGUCAGAAUUCCCGGCUGACCAACGUGGUCUUGGGGACCAUGAGCUUCACGGACAUAAGUCCACGUGGGGAUGUGCAGAUGUGUGGGGUGUGAGUGUCCAGCGAAGGCAAACCAGAGCCCGCUGCGUGGGAAUUUCGUUGUUACCAUCUCGGACAAGUUCUGGUCUGAGUUUGUUUUUACAUAGACCUUUAAAAUUUGUAAUGUAAUCUGAGCAUUCUCAAGGUUUCACACCGUAAUUCUGGGUGUGUUAUGCAGACACACCAAAAGUGUGACAGUUCACCAUUUGCAGAGUCUGGUCACAUCUGCCAACACUUUGAAGAGAUUAAAGCAGUAAUUCCAUUGCUACGUGUGUCCCAGGGUUGGGAACUUGGCUUCAGCACGAGCUCUGGGCCGAGUUGGCCCUUCAUCACGUAGGGUCUCCCCAGCCGUGGUCCCCGGCCUUCCUGGCACGGUGGCGUAGUGGCACACUGCAGCCUGUAGUCCGUGAUCGCUAGUGUCAAAUCAUCAGUCUCGGAGUCAGGACCACCGUGCUGGAGGGGCAGCCUCAGAUAUGAGCCGAGGGGUUGCUGGCCGCCUGUGCAGGGCCAGAGGUGGCUGCCCUUCGGUACGUGGUCAUCGGGGAAGCCCUGGAGUCUACUGGGAUGAUACAGAAUGGUGAUUUUUAGAGAAAAACUAGACUUGUGUGUGAGAAAUGCUGGAGCCUGGUUUAGGACUUUUGUAAAGUGAGGUGGAAAGACUGUAUAAAUGCCUACUAUGAAUAUAGUGUUCCUUGACGGUAAGGCAAGCUGUUGAACGGAUAAAUUGUGCAUUUCUCAUUUUGAUGUGUCAUGUAUGUUAAUAUGAAAUAAAAUCAAAACUGGUACCUGUUUAUACA